AUGUCCGACUUCAGUAACUGGACAGUUGCUUACGAUUCUCGUGUUAUCACGAGCGGUUGGACAGCAGUUGCAUUUUCUAUAUACGACUGGAUCUUAACCUUCGCUGACGAGGCAAGUCAGACCAUGGUGCCGCCUACUGUGUAUCCUGACACGUGUCAGAUGAACUUUGUUUGGCUACACGGCAAUUGGUCAACCCGAUUCUUGUACGCCUCUGCCAUGAACGCGGGCGGCUCGUGCAUGGCGGCGGUGUGGUCUGCAUACGAUCGCCUGAGGAUCUGGAACGGGUACAAUUAG